UCACAACUUCAGUCCUCCAGCCAGCGUUCCCACCAUUCCAUGUAUUCAGAGAGAAGGUCGUUCCCCGUCUGUCAUUCAGCUGCGCAAUUUAGCGAAAUCGCGGUAGGCGCAAAGGCGACAGAGUUGGUCAUAACGCUCUGGACCUUUUCCACUUUGCGCUUGGAAACGAGUCCAUAACACAGAUAAAGCCACUCACACACUGCCGCUACUCCCAAAUUGUGGAAGAGGUUUGCGGAGACCAACAUAUCUUUCGAAGAUGCAGAGUUCCAAUAACAUUGCCCAUGCCAGGAGGGCAGUCCAGCAGCUGAGAAUAGAAGCCAGCAUUGAGAGAAUUAAGGUGUCCAAGGCCUCAGCAGACCUGAUGCACUACUGUGGAGAACAGGGUAAAUAUGACCCUCUACUCAUGGGUAUCCCAGCCUCUGAAAACCCCUUCAAAGACAAGAAGCCAUGCACUAUAUUAUAGUAGCGGAACAGCUGAAUUACCUUUGCUUUUUUAUUUGUAUUCUUUUAUAGUGAGAAAUAUACAACGUUAAUACCGGUACACUAUUUGCCUUAAGGCCAGCCCAGUCCCACUCCCCAUGUUUCCUUGUACUUUAGGUUGAUUUCAAAAUGUUACCUUAGGGCCUAUAGGGCUCUGGUCAAAAGUAGUGCAAUAUAAAGGGAAUAGGGUGCCAUUUGGGACUAAUUCACUCUCUCCUUUAAAAAAGUGCAAUUUUGGUAGAAUCAGAAUCAUUGGUCCUCUCUCUCCAUCAGAUACAACAAUUAAUUUGUGACCCAGAAAAAAAGCUUUUAGUUCAGUCAGUCAUGAAUAGAUAAGAGCUCAUUCUGAGGCUCCUCUCAACAGAGACUGGUGUUCUUUCAGAUUGUUACCGUAUGUUAUGCAGACUAAAGACCAGCUGGGUUUGAACAGGGGGUUCCCAACUUUGUCCUGUUAACACUAAAACAGUUCCUUUAAAAUGUACAUCAACUUACUGGCAGCAAAUGUAUUUUACAGUACAGCUACUGUAAUCCAUUUUACUGUAAUCCAUUUUACAGUACCACAAAUGUUACUGUAAUCCAAUUUACAGUAUAUUACUGAAAAUACCCAUGCAGUAACAUAUUAUCCAGUGUUCUUUGCAAGUUUUCAUUUUUAGAUUUACAUUUUGGUCAUUUAGCGGGCACUCUUGACCUUAGCAGCUUACAGUCAGUGCAUUCAACCAAGGUUGAUAUAAAAAAAAAAAACAUGUCAUAGCAAGUAAAAAGUUUCUUUAACCGUAGAUACCAUUUUAUGUCUCUGUGUCCAGUAUGAAGGACGUUUAAAAGUAGUUUCGCGAGCCAAUGCUAACUAGCGUCAUUACAAUGACUGGAAAUCUAUGGGUAAACUGACAGUGACUACAGGGCGAAACAGAUCAAAGGACAGGGCUAGCUACUCAACCAUGAAUGGUUUUGAGACUUGCUGCCACUGAUCUACCCCUAUAUACAUUUCAUUGUUAGGGAACUACUACCACCUAUCACUUGGUACAGCACUCUCACUAAUGGGUGCAACAAAUAUAGCCGCUUGCAAGACACUCCUCAAAAUAUAUUAAUUAAUGACUGAGAAACAACAAUACCAUAAACCAGUUAGUUUUCAAAAGGUUUUUGGCUCUCCAAAAAUACGGUAUUGGUAAUGUAUUAUAAAUUACAGUAAAUUACUGGUAGCAAUUAGCCAGAAAGGUUUGUAGAAUUCCUAAAAUACAGUAUAUUGCCGUAUUCUGUAGGGGUACAGCAUUCUCACUCAUUGGUACAACAAAUAUAGCCUCUUACAAUUUACGUUAUUUUACUUUGCACUCUACAAUGUUUUACUGUUGAAAUUACAGAAAAGUCUUAGUGUGCUGUAAAACAAAUGCAUGGUAUUUUACUGUGCCUUCUAUGGUAAUCUACUGUAUUCAGUUUAUACAGUAUCAUACUGUUGAUUAAUACAGUAAGUAACAGAUAAAAUUACAAAAACAUCUAACAGUGCACAUCAGCUGGAGCAUAAAUAAUGUCAAAGGCCCUAAAGCAUUGCAGUUGCACCACACUAGUUAAACCUUUAAGCUCCUGAUUGCGUCAGUCAGUCCCCACACAGUAGCUUCUUUGGAAAACAAUCAGUCUAGUUUGAAUGCUGCUGAUAAGCUUGUAAUAACCCUGUUAUGUAAAUCAGCCAGUCCCAUGACACAGGAGUACACUAACCAGUGCUGAUGGACUGGUAAACCACUGUAUGUCUUUGUUCCAAAUGGCAUCCUAUUCCCGAUAUAGUGAACUACAUUUGACCAGAGCCCUAUGGGCCCUUGUUAAAAGUAGUGCACUAAAGGGAAAAGGCUGCCAUUUGGGACUGACAUGUGAAUGCCCCAUCAAAACAAGAGAGGGCAGGCUGGCCAAAAAGUCAUGGCCUCUGUGACAAAUUAACACACUCUCAAAGGGUGCCUGUCAUUCUGUAAGGGAAAACAUCUAGCUUGCAUCCACAGGGCCUGAAGAAAGUUAAAGCAUGACCGCUUCACCCUGUUUAACAAGCAUUGUUUUGUUUCUGCAAAGACAAUGUCAGAGAUCGUUUUGUUUUCAGGCGUGGGUAAAGGGUGGGGGUGGGGGGUAUCAAUUCAGACUAUCCCACUUCUAUGUAUUUGUUUUGAAACUCAGACUAACCUUUGCCUUAGAAACCAACCUUUGUGACUUUGCGUAGUUGUCUUGCUUGUAUGUGGUACGGUAGAUAGAUAAUGUAGUAUCAAUAUGAAGUAUUGCAGACCACAGUACACUGAUAUUAUGUAACCCUUUAAAUGAGUGUAAUAUGCCUUACGUUGAUGUAAAAGAUGUUGGUCCAUAAUGUUAUCUCUACAUAGCUGAAGCAGAGGAGGUAAGAUCCGUCUGUGCCGUCACAAUGACAUCCUAUCCAAUGUACCAGCAUCAGAGGAAACAUACUGUACUAGCCUGAGUGCCAGUCUGUAUGUGCUGUCAUGCAAACUCCUUGUGACUCAUUUUCUUGGCAAACAAUUGUGAAAACUAGGGAAUAAGCAAGAGCACAAACCGAUCUGGUACCAGGCUAGAAAUGUACAGGUUUUCUGAUUUGUAUUUUAUUGUCAGUACUUUUAGUGUUUCACUCUGAUAAUAUUUCAUUGAUAAAUGUACGACUUCUAUCCUGAAAGGGAUUCCGUGAACUUUGUGUAAGACCGGUAUUAUGAUUUCUUCUUGAGUUUUAACAUUCCAUGUUUACAAUAACAAUACAAUAAUAAUUUCUUAUUUCAUGCUCUCACAAUGGUCAUGAUGGUCACAGUGGUUGAAUAAUUGUUAUUGUGUGUGUGGGAGUAUGCAUUCGUGUAAGUGUACGUGUGUGACUUUGCACACGACUGGCAAAAGCAACUCGGUAACCAGUGUCAUGUUCAGUAGGGCAUACUGUAGCUAAAACUAUAGUUUCUUAUCAGACAAGUUCAGGUAGUACCUCCCCGGUUCACGUCGCUUUGUACCCAAUGAACACGACCCAGCUUAACUAUCCAGGGCCUUAAUAUUGAAGUAGUCUUGCUUCGGCAUCUCACCACUACCUUUCAGCCACACUCCUCAAACAACACUAGGAUAAUAGUGUGAACAACGGAAUGACGACAUUCCCGGUGGAUGCAGGGAGCACAUCUAUGCUGUCAUUUUUGUUGUUGUUAGCUAUUCAAAUAAUAGAGACUGACUGCUAUUUGGAUGGUCAACUGACCGCCAUGGAGACAGGCUGCAGCACCAAUUAAAAUGUUCCCACACCCACAUGGUAUGCUAUUUGUCUCCAUAUUCUGGGCAAUCUCGGCAACCCAGAACCAAAGAUCUCACAUUCUACUAUUUAUGUUACGCUCACUCCACAAGAUAUUAUAUUCUGUGGCUUUGAAAGGCUUGCUUGAAGUUGCGUGUUGCUGUAUGUUGUGUUUCUACACUUGCUUCUUCUCACUGUCACAGUAUGUCACUGCAAUGACAUGCUGAACUUCAGUCGAAUCUAGACUCUGUAUAUGUGUGUCAACACUUUUUUUUUUUUUCUCCUUUUUGACGAUUUUUUUUUCUCCUUUUUGACGAUAAUACAGUAGGGGAGAGCGAGGUAUGUUGUCACACUUUUCACGAUGUCUAACAUUUACUGGGCACAAUACAUCACAAUGGUAUAAAUGUCAUACAAAUGAAAGAAGGAAGUCUUGGGCACAUAUGUUGUAUCCAUUACAUCUUCAUAUCUUACAUAUCUUCACAGUUUUGCAAAAGCCUAUACGACGUACAUCCGUAUCUGACUAAUCAGACUCAUCUUCAGAGUCACAGAUCUGGCACACAUAAAUUGCCUGGCCUGAGGUGCAAGCAUCAUGGGCCCAUUUGUUGCGUCUCACACACUUCACCCAAGUCUCCUUUGGAAGGCUGUUUGAAAAUGGCUCCACACAGACGAGGCAGAAGCACUCCUCUUCAUCUGAUGAUGACUCUUCUAUGAUUUUUUUCUUUUUUUAGCUGCCUUUUUCUUUGCAGAUCCAGAUUUUGACUCCCCCUUGCUUCCCUUUCCUCAGAAACAGCCUUUUCCUAGAUUGUGCCUUUAUUCUUUUCCAUUUCUAGUACCUGCUUUGCUGGUGUCAUUUAGAAUUGCUGUUUUGCUCUGUUUUCUUCCUUUGCAAGCUGAUUUUCGGGGGCCUGCUUUUGCGUAUGGCCAGAUAUCCUCUGGAGUAGGUAGUCCGCUGUCAGCAAUGGCAUUACUGUACAAGGGUGAGCUGGUGUUCGCAUAAGAACUGGGCGGGUCUGUGUCUGAGCUCGUGCUAUGCAGGGCUAGAAUAGUGCUGGGGCCUGACAGGGCUGGAAUAGUGCUGGGGCCUGACAGGGCUGGAAUGUUGCUGGGGCCUGGCAGGGCUGGAAUGUUGCGGGGGCCUGGCAGGGCUGGAAUGUUGCUGGGGCCUGGUAGGGUUGGGUUCUGAAUGGGGCGAUCUUUAACGUAGGAUGGCGCAAACUUCCAUAAAUACAUCCCUAUUGUAAGGCUGUACCCCAGCCACCCUAACGCCAGCCUGAAUGCUCAAGGGGGUUGCAGCCAGAGGAUAGGCGAUUGCCACAAUCCCAGGAAUGUCAUAAAUUUACAUUGUCUCCCCGGGAUUGUUCCUCAUCCGGCAUCACAAGCGGUGUUCAUGUGCCUCUUUAGCGGCCCGUAGACAGACCUAUCUAAGGGUUGAAGCUGAUGAGAGCAAUGGGUUGGGAAUGACAGCAUAAUUAUGCCAUUUCUUUGGCAUAAUUGAGUCCAUCAAUGGACAGAUGAGACUCGUGGUUUUGUCCAAAAGGAGUAAACGGCUUCUCCUUUGAGAAUUUCGUAUGCUGGACAAAAUGUUUCAGGACGUCAACAAAGUGCACAUCUUUCAUCCACCCAGAGGGAUUUGCCCCUCCUUUGCUGCCAGGUGGCCCGUUGAUCAGGAAAUGAUCGCGGAAGUUGACACAGGGGAAUAUAAAAUAUGGAGGUAUACUAUUCCCUGUGGCUGAGACAGCACAGGCCAGUGUGACGAGGGUUCCCCUUUCAGCGGAGGUCAGUGACCCUACUUGUUUGACUCCACGUCUGCCCACCACUUUGCCAGGUUUAUGUACAGUGGUCACCCCAGUUUCAUCAACAUUCCAUAUGUCUCCUGGUCCAAAUUGAUAUCUCUGUAGCACGUCUGCUACAUUGCCGAAGAAAGCAUUAACAUUUUCUCUGUUGAAGCUACUUGCCCUGUCAAGGCUAGUUGCCUCUGGCUUUCUCAACGACAGCGCUGGGUGCUGCUUUAAGAAGCCCGUAAACCACUCUAAGCUGGUCUUUUCUUUUUCUGCCCACAUUGGCGCGAACUUCAGCUGGUGUGCCACAGCAAACUGGUAGGCAAGUCUUCUGACCUCACUUGGCGACAGACCAAAAUAAAUGUCAGCUGACCUUGUAAUAUACUGAACAAGCUGCAUCUCCAAAUCAGGUGAAAAAACCUGCUGUGGCUUUGAAUAGCCAACCACUGUUGUUGGCAUGGCUGUCUGACUUUCAACUUCUUCUCUGAUAACCUUUUGAAAAUACAGAGUCAGAUUACGGUAAUUUAUGUAAAAAUAUUUUGCUGUACUCCUGAUUGAUUUGUUCUGAAACUUCACCUGCCUCACUGCCUAUAACAUUGUGCCAGGUGGUGUGCUGCCAUUCUGUCUUUUAUCCUUUCUAACCAUCUUUCUUUCCUUCCCCUCUUUCUUUCCUUUCUUUCCUUCAAAAACACAUUUCCUCAUUGCAAUUAUAUAUUCAUUACAGGCUUAUUGUGCCCACCUCCCUGUCUACUAUCAUUGUUGCCACAUUGCAAUUCAUAACACCACAUUAAAUGUAUGACUGUGUGUGUGUGGAUAUACUGUCUCAUACAGUAGGCAUGUAGUGUGUUAGUAGAUACAGGCGCCCACACACACACACAAGCCAGAGCCUGUCUUCUGUAGUCCAGGGAUAUGUCUGCUGCUCUAAACUAUAUGUAUAUAUAAUAAUCAAUUUAUGGUAACAUUUAAUACUACUAUCAGAGCUGAUUACACAAUAUCACAAUUUUUUAAAGCCUGUUCUAUGUAUACUGGGGCAAGUUGUCACAUGUGAAGACUUGCCCCAAGGUCAUUAAAACAACUUGCCCCAAACUGACGUGUGCUAAUGUUGGCUAAAUCUCAAGGUUAGCUCAAAAUAGGACUGCAGCUAAAGUAUCAAAAGACACGUUAUUGUCUCCUUUACUCAGUGCAAAAUUAUAAUUUAACAUUCAUACCUAACAAAGUUUUAUUGCAUAAAAUGUAAAGUGCCAAUUUUUUACUUUUGAAGGGGAAAAAUAAUAAACUUGUGCUCACCUCAGAUUAGAGUGACCAUGACCACAUGUGAACAGGAAGUUGACCAUAGAACAUGUAGUCACACAAAGUAGCUAUUUGAUUUUUUUUACAUAGCGCCUCUAGUGUUGGAGGUAUGAACAGUUUGACAACUUACCCGUGUGACAACUUACCUCGCUCUCCCCUAUAUGUUAUUUUGAUGUAUGUGUUCCAUUUGAUUUUUGCCGACUCAAUUCAGGUUGAAAAUGGAUUUUACCGUUUUAAAGCAACAUUCUUUUUUUCUCUCUGUGACAAAUAACGAUACUGGAUUUGGUCUCUGGUACAUAUUGUACAUGUGGAUAUUUUUCCUGUGUCAUGUAAUUUUUGCAUUUUAUUCCCAAUUUUGACGCCUUAUGUUUGUAGAUGUUAAUAAAAGUCUUUAAACACAUGA